AUGAAUGGUGAUACGUUUAACGAGUGGUUUGUCCGUACUCUACCUUUAUUAAAAGAAAACGCCGUCAUCGUUAUGGACAAUGCUCCCUAUCACUCCGUGAAGAAAUGUCAAAUGCCAACCAUGAGUUGGAAAAAACAGACAAUAAUAGAUUGGCUUGAGAGUAAAGGUGAAAUCGUGACCCAUCCAAUAGUCAAAGUCGAUUUAAUGAAAAAAACAACAAAAAAAAUCGUAUUGCGAUUACCACCAUACCACUGCGAGCUCAAUCCAAUUGAGCUCGCGUGGUCCUCCGUAAAAAAUUACGUCCGGACGCACAACAAUACUUUCAAAUUAAAGGACGUACUUGAUUUAUUGAAAAAAGGGGUGGACCAUGUAACACCAGAAAUGUGGACUAAUUUUGUUGAACAUGUCGUAAAAGAAGAAGACAAGUUUUGGAACCUUGAACAUUUAACUGACGAAUUAUUGGAUGAAGAACCCGAGGAUGGACGUCAUAUUCUUACGAUUGGAACAGGUGACACAUGUUCUUCAGAUUCAGACUCCGAUUAA